AUGGGUGAUCAGGGAGAUUUGGAAGACACUAAAUAUCCUGAUAAUGAUGAAUAUAUUCCAUACGUGACCGCCGGUAACCUUGCACAAAGACAUAGCGCCAAAAUCAGUCUUUGGGGAAAAGUUACCAAAGUUUCAAGUAGCGAAGGCUUUUAUGUUAAAACUGUUGAUGAUCAAGAAAUUCUUAUCAAAUUAAAAGAACCUCUCACUGAACAUCUUGAAGGUUGGUACGAAAUUCACGGUGUAUCACAAGGCAAGAGUGUUCUCUGUGAUGAAUAUGUACCAUUUUCUGGAGAAAUGACUAAAAAUAUAGAUAUCGAGGGAUACAAAAGUUUGGCUAAAUUAUUAGUGGCGCUUGACUAUCCUUGGGAUUUGGGUGAAGGUUCUGUGGAAAGAGGAGGUGCUAUGGAGGGAGUUCAACCAUUUGAG